UUGCAAGUUUUAUCAUCUCAUUAUCCUCAUUUGCGAACGAUUCAAAGAUCUCUUUAUGAAUUGAAACAUUUGUAUACUUUUAUUUUGGACAUAGAAAAUGCCUUAAAUGAUGCAGAUGUAGUGUUAUUAAGAGAUAUUAUACAAAAAUCCAAGAAACUUGGUGUACCUAUGAAAAGCAAUAAAAACCUGAAUCAAGUAAAUUUAAAUGAAUCAGAAUUAAAAGAGCAGUUUUGUAUUGGCAUCAAGGAAUAUACAAAAAUAGUAACGGAUCCACCUACGAUUCCUUGUAUUUCAUGCGAAAGACUAUUUUGUGCUAGAGACAUUCAACAUUAUGAUCAGAAUAAUGCAACUAAUGUUGCUUUUGAAUUACUCGGCAUAGAACGUGAAAAUCUUUUUCAAAAACUUAAGAAAUUGCAUAACAUUACCGAUAAUUCUAUAUGCAGACCUUGUUUAACAAAUUUAAGAAAAAAUAUCAUGCCAUCCAACUGUAUUUUAAAUAACCUUUUUGUGGGAGAAGUUCCAGAAGAAAUUAGAAGUCUCAAUAUGAUAGAGAAAAUUUUAAUACAAAGGGCAAAAGCUUUUCAAACAAUUACGAAACUAAAUACCGUUAUGAAUAAAAAUAUUCCUCAUUAUGUAAAAAUUGAUAAAGUAAUUGGUAGAACAUUUCAUUUACCUUUACCACUAGAAGAGACUUUAAAAAAGAUAUGUCCUGAUACUGAUCCCAUUAAUGCAGAUCACGAAUUAUAUAUCUUGAUUCGAACACACCCAACAAAAGCUAAUGAAAUUUGGGAAGAUUACAUUGAUAUAAACAAAGUAUGGAAGGCGUUACAGUGGCUAAAGAAAAAUAAUUCUAUUUAUGAAAAAAUUGAACUUCCAUCUAAUCCCCAAAUGUUAUUGGAUACACUACACGAGCAAUUAGAAUAUGAAGAAAAUCAUGAAAACGCAGAAGAAGAAUGUACACCUAAAACAAAUACAGUACCAAACGAACCCCCAGUACGUCCGUUAUUAACCCAAAAAUCUGAGACGGACCCUUUUUAUGACCAUUACACCAUUUAUCCUUUGCAUGACAAAAGAAAGAAUGAAUCAGAUACUGCACUUUACCAGAUGUUGCAAGUUUCCGCUGCUGCUUUAGAUAACAGAGGAAAAGAUUUAGAUCUCAAAUGCUUUCCUGAUUUAUAUCCUUACGGAAAAUAUGGGCAACAUGCUGAAAGAAAGCCUAAUUUAAGAGAUUUCGAUUAUAUUAAGAGUAGAUUAGCAUCGAAACAUUCACAAUUUAGAUUGAAUAUUCAAUAUCUGUUUUUUUCACUUUACAAUAAUACACUGAGACAAAUAAAUGCUGGAAUAUUUCAAAUGCUUAAUAUCAUCAAUCCAAGGUAUAAGUACACGGUCAAAGAAUUUCUGCAAAUAUUAAAUGAAAAUAAACUAGAUGGUAAUUUAGAUACCAUUUUCUCUCGUUUGCCAGGUACUGAAUCGUAUUGGAAAAAAGUUCGUAAUGAAUUGAGGUGUAUGGCACGCGAGUACGGACCUGCUACUUUCUUUAUCACUUUCAGCCCAGGAGAGUGGAUGUGGUCUGCACUAGCGGAAUAUAUAAAACAAGUAAAUGGGUGGAAUGAUAGUCGUUCUAUUUCGCAAUUAAUAGCUGCAGACCCGGUAUCAACUGCUAGAUAUUUCCAAAAUAAAUUCAAAGCUGUGUUAGCUUAUAUACUAUCUAAGUCAAAUCCGAUUGGAAAAGUUACACAUUAUUACUGGGUCCGUGAAUACCAAGGUAGAGGAUUACCCCAUUAUCAUUGUUUGUUUUGGAUCCAGGAUGCUCCGAUUUAUGGUACAAGUUCGAAUGAAGAAGUGCAAGAGUUUAUCUUACAACAUAUAACAUGUCACAUUCUAGAUAAACAGAUUUCGCCAGAACUUCAUCGUCGCGUCUUAGCCUAUCAACAGCACAAACACAACGAUUAUUGUAUGCGCAAGAAACAGACAAAAACUGGAUUUUCAACUGCUUGUCGUUUCGGAUUUCCUCGCCCCGUAACUGAUAGAAUAAUUUUAAGAGACGUAUCUGUUGCUAUUUCGAAUCGAAAUAAAUUAAAAAAUAAAUCUCGAUUUUAUGAUUUACCUAGAACAACAGAUGAACAGAAUAUUAAUGAUUAUAUGCCUGCUCUAUUGCUCAUUUGGGAAGGAAAUAACGAUGCUCAAUAUAUUGGAGAAUCUUCUUAUUUGUUGACCAAAUACGUAAGCAAAUAUGGUACAAAAGGUGAAAAGAGCAAUUUAGAUUUCGCAGAUAUACAAUCAAAUAAACCGUUGUUUAACCGUCUUUGGGCUUUUGCUGUACGUGCCUUACAACAUAGAGAAUGUGGAGCGAUUGAAGCCGCUGAUGUUUUGUUAGGACAUCCUUUGCAUAGUACUGAUCCCGAAACAAUUGUUAAAUGGUUGAAUGUUAAUAUUAUAAGGGGUAGAAAACUAAAGCCAUUUAAUGAAAUCAAAAAUCUUCCAGAAGAUUCAACAGAUUUAUUUUAUGAUUCUUUCAUAGAUAAUCAUUAUCCCAACAGACCAAAGGAAUUAGAUUCAUUAUGUUUGUAUGAUUUUGCUAAGUGGUUUGAGAUUUCAAAGAAAAAACCAAUUUACAAAGCUGAGUAUUAUGAAAUGUCAAACGGCUUGUAUUGUAAAAAACGCAAGAAACCUUAUUUAAUAAAUCACUAUCAGUUUAAUCCAAAUAAUCAGUUAGAAGCUUACUACCAUGCGUUGUUAUUAUUAUUUAAACCUUGGAGGGAUUUAGAUGAAUUAAAAGGUUCUGACGGAACAUAUUGUGAAUCUUUUAAAAAACAACAGCAUGAGCUAGCACAAGCGAUGAAGUACCAUGAGAAAUGUACAAUUAUACAAGAAGCUAUGGAUAAUAUGAAUAAAUUAAUUCAGAAUCAAUUAGAACAAAGUGUAGCAGAUACGCCCAAAAAUUCAGCUCAUAUACCUGAUGGCUGUGUACCGAUUGAAGUAGAAAAUGCUAUGAAUGAUUUUCAAGCUGUUGUAGAAAAAGCUAUUAUUAGUAAACAAGACCUACAAAACUCGAUUGCGAAAUUUAAUACAGACCAGCUAAGAGUUUUCAACAAAAUAACUUCAGUUAUACAAUCAAAUAGUAAAAUACUAAGAAUGUUUGUAAGCGGUCCUGGAGGAACGGGUAAAAGUUUUGUCAUUGAAAAUUUAGUUUCAUGGAAUAAAAUACACCGUUGUAAAGAUACAGCCGUCACAGCUCCUACUGGAAUUGCUGCAUAUAAUAUCCAAGGACUUACAAUUCACAGAUUAUUGCAACUUCCAGUAGAACACGGCGGCACAGCAGAGUAUAAAGAAUUAUCUGGACCAGCUUUAAAACAAAUAAGACAGACAUUGCAGAAUGUUGACUUGAUUAUUAUAGAUGAAAUAUCGAUGGUAUCGAAUAUUACUUUCAUGUAUAUUCAUUUGCGUUUAACUGAGAUAUUCGAUACAUCUGAUACUGAGGAUGGAUGGUUUGGGAAAAUUAACGUUCUUGUUUUUGGUGAUUUGCUGCAACUUCCUCCAGUUCGCGAAGAUUUUGUAUUUGUUGGAAUGAAAAAAAAACAAAUUGAUAAGUAUAUCAAAUCGAUGAUUACUUUUAAUUUGUGGGAGCUAUUCGAAUAUGAUGAAUUAACAAUCAACAUGAGACAAAAAAAUGAUCAAGCAUACUCAGAAAUUCUUUCGCGUAUUAGAUUAGGUUUUAUGACUCAUUCUGAUAUAAAUGUACUGAAAACAAGAAAAAUUGAUUUUACAAGUAAUGAUUACUCGAAGAAUAUUCAAGAAUUAUGUAAUUAUUUAAAAAAAUUACCAGUAGAUACAGUGUGCUUAUUACCUACCAAAAAAAUGUGCAAUGCCAUUAAUGAAGCAAUGAUGCUUACCAUUGAUUCAGAAGAAAUUAAUCUUGUUGCCAAAGAUUCAUACAAAUGUGAAAAAAAUCUACAAAAAAAAGUCUUGAAAUUAUUGAACGACGAUGAAGACAAUUUUUGUGGUAUUGAUCGCGUAAUUACAAUUAAAAUCGGUUCUAAAGUUAUGUUAAGAAGGAAUAUUGAUGUUUCUAUUGGGUUAGUAAACGGAACAAUCGGCACUGUAGUUUCUCUUUCUAAAGAUAGAUCUACGGAGAUUACAAGUAUACGCAUUGUAUUACAGUCCGGAAAAGAACAUGAAAUACCUCGAUUGGAAUAUAAAUUUAUUAUCAUGGAUAAAAUAUCUAUCACUCGAGAACAAUUUCCAAUUUGUAAUAGUUAUGGAAUAACAAUUCAUAAAAGUCAAGGGUUAAGCUUGACAAAUGCUGUCGUUGAAGCAGGAAACAAUGUAUUUAGUAAUGGUCAAACGUACGUUGCAGCUUCUAGAGUAACUACUUUAGAAGGUUUGCAUCUUAUUAACUUUGAUCCUUCGUGUUGCACUGCAGACAUGACAGCUAUUCUUGAGUAUAAUAGAUUACGAAAAGAAUAUCGACCAGAUCUAAAUAGCUUUGAUAUUCCACAAGAUCGCAAACAAAUUCAAAGUUUAAAAGUAUGUCCUGGAUGCGAUGAAAGACAACAUAGUAAUACAUCUAAUAAUUAUAUCGUUAAUCUUUUCUUACCAGAUUUUCGAGUUUGUACAUUACAACAAAUCAUAGAUUAUAAUAUUGGCAAUUGGCAAGAUAUUGAAAAUUAUUGUGAUAACGGUUGUCAGUUAAAAAAGAUUAAAAAAGCUGAUUACGUAAUCAGUAAUACAUUGGUGAUUUUACAAUUGAUGUUAUUUGAUCGUACUGAUGAUAACGAUAUUGUAAAAAUAACGAAUUUAAAAAUAAAUGGAAUACCAUUAGCUAAGGUUGACAUCAAUGGUAAAAAGUAUAGGGUUGCAAGUGGGAUAUUUCACCAUGGUAAUAUUUCUCAGGGUCAUUAUACUAAUAUGUUACGACAACAUAAUCAGUGGUUUAACAUCAGCGAUAAUGAUGUUACUAAAAAACAAUGGCCAAGAGGUGCUAAAAAUGUUUACAUUUUAUUUUAG